AGGCGGCGCGCGCCGGCCCGCGUAGCCCCACGGGAGGGGGGCCUCCCAGGGGCCAGGCGGGCCGAUGGCCCCCGCGGCCAUGGAGGGUCCGGCCGCGCGGCCCGGGGAGUCCGGCGAGGACGGCCUGGCCUCGGCUUUCGGCCAGCUCUCCCUGCACGGCCACGGCUGCGGCGGCGACACCUCGGAGGUCGACCGGCGGUACGAGAUGACCGAGAAGAUCGGCGAGGGCACGUACGGGGCGGUGUACAAGGCCAGGUGCCGGCAGACGGGGAAGACCACGGCGAUCAAGCGGAUCAAGAUCUCGCCAGAGGACGAGGGAGUGCCCUCGACUGCGCUCCGCGAGAUAUCCCUGCUCCAGGACCUCGACCACCCCAACGUUGUCCGGCUCCACGAUGUCUUCAGCGGCCCGACCAGUCUGCACCUGGUGUUCGAGUGCCUCGACAUGGACCUGAGGAUGUACCUCAAGAAGGCGGGCCCCCUGGCGGGCGAUGCCCUCAGGAGAGCGUCGCGCCAGUGCUUCGCUGGCAUCGAGUUCUGCCACGCGCGCCGCAUCCUGCACCGCGACCUGAAGCCGCAGAACGUGCUCGUGUGCCUCAGGAGCGGCACGACCGGAUCCUCAGAGGACCCGCGGCUCGUGUUGGCAGACUUCGGCCUCGCGCGCGUCUUCUCGGUGCCGCUGCGGGUGUACACGCACGAGGUCGUCACGCUCUGGUACCGGGCCCCGGAGAUCUUGCUUGGGCAACCGUGGUACGGCCCGUCCAUGGAUAUUUGGUCCUUGGGAUGCAUCGUCGCCGAGAUGGCCACCAGCCAGCCGCUGUUUCCAGGAGAUUCCGAGAUCGACACGAUCUUCAAGAUCUUCCGUUGCCUCGGCACACCCAACGACGAGGUGUGGCCCGGCGUGUCGGGCCUGAAGGAUUUCAAGGCCCGGUUUCCACAGUGGAAGGACACGGGUCUCGAGGGCGUGCGCGCCGCCGCGAAUGGCGACCUCGGCGACCAGGGGAUCGACAUCAUACGGCAGUGCCUCAGGUACAACCUGGUGAACCGGGGGUCCGCGAGGAAGUUGCUGAGGCACCCGUUUCUCGAGGUCGCGACGGCAUAG